UCAAAACAUCAACAUUGCCGCCAUUUUCGAUUCAGUUCUGAACAAAAACAGAAAGAUAAAUGUUGAAAGACAAAAUAAAUCAAAAUGCCAAGAGAAAUCAUAACGCUACAGCUAGGACAAUGUGGAAAUCAAAUUGGUAUGGAAUUCUGGAAACAGCUUUGUUCUGAGCAUGGAAUCAGUCCUGAGGGUAUACUUGAGGACUUUGCAACAGAGGGUACAGACAGGAAAGAUGUAUUUUUUUAUCAGGCUGACGAUGAACAUUAUAUUCCCAGAGCAGUUUUAUUGGAUUUAGAGCCCAGGGUUAUCAACUCUAUAAUGAACUCUCCGUAUGCAAAUUUAUAUAAUCCAGAAAAUGUCUACCUCUCAAAGCAUGGAGGAGGGGCUGGUAAUAACUGGGCUAGUGGAUAUACACAGGCAGAGAAACUAUAUGAAGAAAUAUUUGAUAUAAUAGACAGAGAAGCAGAUGGCAGUGACAGUCUGGAGGGUUUUGUCCUUUGUCAUUCAAUAGCAGGUGGAACAGGAUCAGGAAUGGGAUCAUAUUUAUUAGAAAGAUUAAAUGACAGAUUUCCCAAAAAAUUAAUCCAGACUUAUUCAGUAUUUCCAAACUUAGAUGAAAUCUCAGAUGUUGUUGUGCAACCAUAUAAUUCUUUAUUGACCCUUAAAAGACUGACACAGAAUGCAGAUUGUGUUGUUGUAUUAGAUAAUACAGCUUUACACAGAAUAGCAGCUGAUAGAUUACACAUAGACACUCCAUCCUUUGCACAGAUUAACCAACUGGUAUCAACAGUAAUGUCAACCAGUACAACAACAUUACGGUAUCCAGGCUACAUGAACAAUGAUUUGAUUGGACUGAUAGCCUCCCUUAUACCAACACCAAGGUUACAUUACUUAAUGACAGGCUACACACCUCUGACAACUGCUGCACAGGUAGCUAGUGUCAGAAAAACAACAGUUUUAGAUGUGAUGAGAAGGUUGCUACAACCUAAAAACAUGAUGGUAUCUACCCCUGUACACAGACAAGCUAAUCAUUGUUAUAUAUCUAUAUUAAACAUUAUCCAGGGAGAAGUUGAUCCUACACAGGUACACAAGAGUUUACAAAGAAUUCGAGAACGUAAGCUAGCACAGUUUAUACCUUGGGGACCAGCAAGUAUACAAGUAGCUUUGUCAAGGAAAUCACCCUACAUACAGACAGCCAACAGAGUCAGUGGAUUAAUGUUGGCAAAUCAUACUAGCAUUUCAUCAUUGUUUGAAAGGACAUUAAAUCAGUUUGAUAAGUUAAGAAAAAGAGAAGCCUUUAUGGAUCAGUUUAAAAAGGAGUCAAUAUUUAAAGACAAUUUGGAUGAGUUUGAUAAUUCAAGGGAAGUAAUUCAACAGUUAGUGGAUGAAUAUCAAGCAGCAACAAAGCCUGACUACUUAGCAUGGGGCACACAACAGCCUACAAAGAAGUGAUAAAUGAAAUGUAAUGCGUCUGGAUCAGUGGAUAGAAUUUGAAGGAUGAUAAAUGAAAAGAAUCUCACCUAACCCACCAUUACAUGUCUGUGAUCUGACUUGUUUUAAGUGCUAUUGCCAUUUGUCUUACCACAAUGUGUUAGAGUUAGACACUGAUGGUUUUGUAAAAUGAUUUAAAGACACAAAUAGCCAAUGAAAUAUUCUAGCAAUAAAUGUUUGCUUAAAAGAAGAUAUUUAUAGGGAAUAGACAGUGAACUAUUUGUAAUAUAUGAGAAGUAUUCUGAUUAGAAAACUGAUACUGUUAUGAUUGCUUUUAACCUGUCUUCAUAGAAGCGAGGUAUAACUCUUCCUUUGUUUGUCUGCCCUUCCAUUUUGAUCAAUUUGAAGAUUUUAAAUUUAAAUUAUUUAUAUUUUUACAAAGGGAUUGCAUAAGGACUCAGUCUAUAUAUAUGAAGUUUUGUGGAUUCUUUUAAAAAGGGAUGCCUUUUUACAUUCAUUGCUCAUUAACUUCUACUUUACUGAUUACUUAUUAAUUACUACCCAUAAUGACCAUGUAUGACAUUUUUGUCCACAAUUAUAUAUUCAGUAACUCAAUAUUCAUGUAGUCAAAUUUUAAAUGUUUCAAAUUAAAUCACUCCCUCACCAGCUUUCUACUUUCAUAGAAGAGGUAUCAAUCAGCAAUAGUGGUACUUUAUUUUGUUUAUUGUUAAUAUUAUAAUUAUAAUGAUGAUAUAAGCAAGGUUUCCAUCAUCACAUAUUAAGAAUAUGUCACAAUAUUACUUGAUAAUAAUGUAUUAUACUGUAUGUGGAUUUGUCUUAAACAUUGUUUGUAAGAUGUUUGAAAUCUUUGAUAUUUGAAAACAAAUUCUCUGCUCAGUGUAUUUUAAUUUUACAUUCAUCAAAUGUUUUAAGUUUUCUAGUAAUAAAAGGGAAUUUCAAAGGGAUGGACAGAAUACAACACAUGUAUCUGACCAGACUGUCAUUAGGAUAUCAUUGAUUAUGUAAAAAAUCUGGCUUAAAUGAUCUUAAAUGCAAGAGAGUAUUUUCGUGUUAAUUGAAAAAUACAAGUAUUUUUGUAUUA